AUGCAACCAUCGAACCAGCAAACACAGGCUGUGUCCACAAACCAGCAAACGCAACAAUUAAACCAGCAAAUGCAAUCAUUAAACCAGCAAAUACAACCAGUAAACCAGCAAAUGCAACCAGUAAACCAGCAAAUGCAACAAGUAAACCAGCAAAUACAACCAGUAAAUCAACAAACACAGGCCGUACUCACAAACCAGCAAAUGCAACCAAUAAACCAGCAAAUGAAACCAGUAAACCAGCAAAUGCAACCAGUAAACCAGCAAAUGCAACAAGUAAACCAGCAAAUACAACCAGUAAAUCAACAAACACAGACCGUAUCUACAAACCAGCAAAUGCAAACAUCGAACCAGCAAACACAGGUCAUGUCUAAAAACCAGCAAAUACAACCAGUCAACCAACAAAAUUUAAUGCAAGCAUUAAACCAACAAAUACAACAAGUAAAUCAACAAACACAGGCCGUAUCGCCAAAACAGCAAAUUCAACCAUCGAACAAACAAACACAAGCCGUAUCUCCAAACCAGCAAAUGCAAUCAUUAAAUCAGCAAACACAGACCGUAUCUACAAACCAACCAAAUCAUUUGGAAGCAUUGGUUAGUCAACAACUUUUAGCACAAAUUCUCGGUAAACAAGGACUAGGAACAUUGAUACUACCCACUCUAAAUCCAAUUCCGCCAAUGGCAGCAGGGGAAAUAGAAAUAGCUCCCCCAAUUACGUUGCCUACGACUGUCAGUCCGUUAAGCACAAUCAACAUAACAUCACAAGGGUUCGAUUUGCCCUUACAGAGACAGCAACAAGAUCAACAGCUCAACCUAGCCAAUAAUCUCCCUUUAGAGGUUUCGGGUAACUCUAGUCUUUCUCCCGUCGAGACAGGAGUUACCCAGGCAAAUAGUUCAGUUAUGCAGGGAGAGUCGACUGUAUUACCUACGACUGUUACGACAAAAGACAAUCUAGUGAUUAGACUAAACGAAACAUCAAAAGGUAUUCGAUUAAUUCCAGACGGAAGGGGCGGGGUAAGAAUAAUCAAUUUAAGAGCGGCAGCGAGUACAGAGACACCAUGGAUAGAAAGCGGGACAAGUAAUUCAACAGUCAUAACUGGGACUGAACCCCUUCACAGAUUGGCAUUGCUUCAUCCCACCAACGAAACCUUGCGAAAGUUAGAAAUAUCAGAUAGACUUAACACCACCGAUAUACCGGAAGAAAUAGAACUCCCGAAUGGUACAAGCCUAGAUGGACCUGGUCCAACUCCGGCUAUGAAUUCGGUAUAUACAAUUAAACUUACUACCCUAACACCUGCAUCAGCUGCUACGAUAAAACCUGCAACAUCUACUACCAUAAAACCUGCAGCACCUACUACUGUUGAACAGGAAGAAACGACAACUCCAAUAGACUUAAGCGAGAUGGAUUUUGAAGCUGAGGAAGGGAUGUCUACCACUAGUACCGAGGUUGAUCCGACUACUACAACAAUUGCACAGAACGCAACCAUGAUUUUGACUAAUUCAAAAACAUCAACAGUAAAACCUAAUACCAUAACAACUACUACAGCGACUACUGUAACUGUCAAACCUACUACCAUAACAACUACAACGGCCAAACCGACUACCAUAACAACUACAACGGCCAAACCGACUACCAUAAAAACAACAACGAUUCGACCAACAACUUUAAAGCCACCAACAACGCAAUUCACACCAAUAAUAACUCCACAAACAUUUAUACAAUCUGCGUUGGGUUGGUUGUCUCCCUUUUCCACUACACCUGCAGCUGACAUUAUAGCAUAUGGUGGUUUCUUAAACAUGGCUGAUCCUUAUAUGCAAACAAAGGCACAUGAACCUGCUUUAUACGAUAUUUUAAAUGAAGUUAUGCUAGGUAAAUUAAAAGGAAGAAAAUGAUCUUGUCACGUGCCAAUUCAUAAUAGGGUACACCAUGUUGGAAGUGCUUUGAGACAUUUUUUUAAUAAAUAUGAAAUGAAACAGCGUUACAGAUAGUAAAAAUGCACGAACAUUC